CCCCGCGCGCCCCUUUGUCCGCGGGCCGGAGCGGCGGCGGCGGCUCCCCGGUGCCCGCGCGCGCCGCGGCGAUGCCGGACCAGAUCUCCGUGUCGGAAUUCGUGGCCGAGACCCAUGAGGACUACAAGGCGCCCACGGCCUCCAGCUUCACCACCCGCACGGCCCAGUGCCGCAACACGGUGGCGGCCAUCGAGGAGGCCUUGGAUGUGGACCGGAUGGUUCUUUACAAAAUGAAGAAAUCCGUGAAAGCGAUCAACAUCUCUGGGCUGGCACACGUGGAGAACGAGGAGCAGUACACCCAGGCUCUGGAGAAGUUCGGUGGCAACUGUGUGUGCAGAGAUGACCCCGAUUUAGGGAGCGCGUUCCUGAAGUUCUCCGUGUUCACCAAGGAGCUGACGGCGCUCUUCAAAAACCUGAUUCAGAACAUGAACAACAUAAUCUCCUUCCCUUUGGACAGUUUGCUGAAAGGAGACCUGAAAGGCGUGAAAGGGGAUCUGAAAAAGCCCUUUGAUAAAGCGUGGAAGGACUAUGAAACGAAAAUAACCAAAAUAGAAAAGGAGAAAAAGGAACACGCCAAGCUCCACGGGAUGAUCCGGACCGAGAUCAGCGGUGCUGAAAUUGCCGAGGAGAUGGAAAAGGAGAGGCGAUUCUUCCAGCUCCAGAUGUGCGAGUAUCUACUGAAGGUCAAUGAAAUCAAGAUCAAAAAAGGAGUGGAUUUACUCCAGAAUCUCAUCAAAUACUUCCAUGCCCAGUGCAAUUUUUUCCAGGAUGGACUGAAAGCAGUAGAGAGCCUCAAGCCUUCCAUUGAAACCCUCUCCACAGACCUUCACACAAUCAAACAGGCCCAGGAUGAAGAACGGAGGCAGCUGAUGCAGCUCCGGGACACGCUAAAGUCAGCGCUGCAAGUGGAGCAGAAGGAGGACUCACAAAUGCGCCAGAGUACAGCUUACAGCUUACAUCAGCCUCAGGGAAACAAAGAACACGGAACGGAGCGGAAUGGCAGCCUCUACAAGAAAAGCGACGGGAUCCGGAAAGUGUGGCAGAAAAGGAAGUGUUCGGUGAAAAAUGGUUUUCUCACCAUAUCCCACGGUACCGCCAACCGGCCGCCUGCCAAGCUCAACCUCCUGACGUGCCAAGUGAAGACCAACCCGGAGGAGAAGAAGUGCUUCGACCUCAUCUCUCAUGACCGCACGUACCACUUCCAAGCAGAGGAUGAGCAGGAGUGCCAGAUCUGGAUGUCUGUGCUCCAGAACAGCAAGGAAGAGGCGCUCAACAACGCGUUUAAAGGCGACGACAACACCGGAGAGAAUAACAUCGUCCAAGAGCUGACCAAGGAGAUCAUCUCGGAGGUGCAGAAGAUGACGGGCAAUGGAGUGUGCUGCGACUGCGGGGCACCAGAUCCCACGUGGCUUUCCACCAACCUGGGCGUUCUGACCUGCAUCGAGUGUUCCGGGAUCCACCGAGAACUAGGCGUUCAUUACUCCCGGAUGCAGUCCCUCACCCUAGACGUCCUGGGAACCUCUGAGCUGCUGCUUGCCAAGAACAUCGGGAAUGCGGGCUUUAAUGAGAUCAUGGAGUGUUGCCUCCCAGCCGAAGACGCGAUCAAACCCAACCCUGGCAGCGACAUGAACGCCAGGAAGGACUACAUCGUGGCCAAGUACAUCGAGAGGAGAUACUCGAGGAAGAAGCACGCGGAGACGGCCGCCAAGCUCCACAGCCUCUGCGAGGCCGUGAAAACCAGAGACAUUUUCGGGUUGCUCCAAGCCUAUGCUGACGGGGUGGACCUUACAGAGAAAAUCCCCCUGGCCAAUGGACACGAGCCCGAUGAGACGGCCCUGCACCUCGCCGUCAGGUCUGUGGACCGCACGUCGCUCCACAUCGUGGACUUCCUGGUUCAGAACAGUGGGAACCUGGAUAAGCAGACGGGCAAGGGCAGCACGGCCCUGCACUACUGCUGCCUCACCGACAACGCCGAGUGCCUGAAGCUGCUCCUGAGGGGAAAGGCUUCCAUCGAGAUCGCCAAUGAGUCGGGAGAGACGCCGCUGGACAUUGCCAAGCGCCUCCGGCACGAGCGCUGCGAGGAGCUGCUGACCCAGGCCCUGUCUGGAAGGUUUAACUCUCACGUGCACGUCGAGUACGAAUGGCGACUGCUCCACGAGGACCUGGAUGAGAGUGACGACGACGUGGACGAGAAGCUGCAGCCUAGUCCCAACCGGCGGGAGGACCGGCCGGUCAGCUUCUACCAGCUGGGGUCCGGCCAGCCGCCGCCGGGCGCCGCGUGUUUGGCCAGAGAUGCCGCGAGCCUCGGCAAGGACAAGCAGAGGGCCUUCGUCGUGCCCAGCCUCCUGCAGAACGAGACCUACGGCGCCGUGCUCAGCGGCAGCCCGCCUCCGCCCCAGCCCCCCGCCGCCAGCGCCCCCCCGCUCCCGCCCCGGAACCUCGGCAAAGUUCAGACAGCCUCCUCCUCCGCUAACACCCUGUGGAAGACAAACUCUGCGGGCGUGGACGCUGUCAGCAGGCAGCGAUCCUCGUCCGAUCCGCCAGCUGUCCACCCACCGCUGCCCCCUCUGCGUGUGACGUCGACCAAUCCCCUCUCCUCGACGCCGCCCCCUCCUGUGGCCAAGACGCCCGGUGUGCUAGAGGCCUUGAGCCAGCCCAGCAAGUCCACCCAGCCUGGGGCUGGGCAGAGCAAGCCCGCAGCCCCGCCUCCGCAGCCGCCCAGCCGCCUGCCGCAGAAGAGGCCUGCCCCAGGGGCUGAGAAGCCAACCCCACUGCUCAACAAGGGCCAGCCCAGAGGACCUGAAGCUCCGGGUCCUCUGUCGAAUGCCAUGGCUCUGCAGCCCCCCGCACCCAUGCCCAGGAAGUCCCAGGCAACCAAGUUGAAGCCGAAGCGGGUGAAGGCGCUCUACAACUGUGUGGCCGACAACCCGGACGAGCUGACCUUCUCUGAGGGAGACGUGAUCGUGGUGGACGGGGAGGAGGACCAGGAGUGGUGGAUUGGCCACAUCGAUGGGGACCCCAGCCGCAAAGGAGCAUUUCCGGUGUCCUUCGUGCACUUUAUUGCUGACUGACUCGCUACCGAACAAAGAGCCUUUCUUUAGCCCAUGUCCCUGUUCCGUUAUUGGUACCAAAACUCUUCCCGAUGAGCAGCUCCACGGAUCGGACUGUGCGCAAGCCCGUUCUUCUCACGCCACUCCACGCGAAGGCAGCUUUUACACAGAAGUAAAUUGUUUCUGUCAUUUGUAGCUUUCAUGAAACACUGCUAUACUUUCAUUAGAGAAAAACUGAAUUUCUUCAAAGGUGAACUGAAGUGGGUUGUUUUUUGUUUUUUUAAACUACACAACCAAGAUCUUGCUAGAACUAAAAACUAAAUAAAGAUGGAAGCACUUCCUGCUUUCCUUAGCCUAAUUCUGGAGUUAACGGUCCUUUAGGGCAGUUUUUAUUUUUUUUGGC